CCUCAUCAUCUCAUCUUGUCAAUUUUGUCGUUUCAUCCAUCAGCCAUUUAAGGUGACUCGGUUUUUUUUUCUCACAUAAAAAUAAUAUGUACAUAUUUCCUACUAGUUUCGUCUUAUCUACCUCUAUAAGCCGUUAGUUAUUUUUAUUAGAAUACAGUAUUCAGUUUCAAACUUCAAACUCUCUUCAAUAUGGCGUCAGCCCCGAAAUGGCACCCGUUACCGAUAUUUCCUCAUCUUCCUGCUCUCAUGAUUUCUUUACAGUAUACUUCUUCGUCGUACACCCUUCACGUCACCGAUCUAGCCAAUGUCUGGGUAGAGAGCCUUGACAGAAAAGGUAUAAUAUUGCGAAGCCUGCAGGAGAACACAAGCAUAGAUCUGAGCGACGGCGAUCCUAACCAGUGGACCGUCUUUUUCUCUAAGCUUGACGCAGCUUUCGACCCCGCGUCACCAGAUCACCAUACUACCAGCCUUAGUUUAUCCGCCUCUACCGUAGGUACCACGUCUGGGGGCGGUCUGGCUCUUUACGUCACCUGCGUCCUAUCCGAACCUCUCAACCCGCUGAAGUGGCCCGUCUAUUUGACGAAAUGUCCACCCGUUGGCCUCGCCUCUGAGCUUGUCUUACCUCUCAUCCAAGCCCAUCAUGCACGUACGCUGGAGGUCCGAGACCUCAUAACGAGGCUCAAGGAAAAGGAUGCUGUCAUCACGAAGCUAGUCGACAAGCUAGAGGCCAACAAGGUCGGGUUGGAGCACGUCUUUAAUUCGCUGUCUACCAAGCGCAAGCAAUCCCGGGCGACUGUCGAAGAGAAGGUCAAAGGUCUGGCACCUUUCAAUGAAUCAGACUGGAGGUCGAGUGUCACCACGAGCCGGGAGCUUCCCCGGGAUCUGCCGUCCCUGAUUCAGGAGGUCUUCGCGGAAACAGGGUUACAUAGCAGUGUGAACGGAGAUAUUUCACCAUCUAGUCAGCUUAAUGACUGGUGGACCAAACUGGGUUCGAAACCGACCACUGCUACCAAACCCCCGCCGAAGGAAGCCACUAGGCAGCUACGGGAGACAACUCCGCCGGAUACUAGGACGACUGAAGGAAGAGAUGAUGACGACUUCCAAGUGCAGGCUACCCCACCUCAUCUGCAGUCCAUUAGGCGAAAAUAUGACUAUUCUAAGGCUACUGGUGAUACAACGGACGAUGACGAUAGCCCAGUAGCGAUUCCCGAUAGUCAUCCCACAGUGGCUCGGGACAAUCUUCGCUCCCGCAUCGGUUCUGUCGGUGGGAAGAAGCUAGCCAACGACAACUCAGCUAGCCAGUCUUCUCGUACUGUCCCUAUCGACGAUGAUGAGACUCCCUCAGAAUCUGACGCAGAGCCGGUACUACCAGAGCCCCCAAAGCGGAAUAAUGCCCGGAUAGGAACCAUUGGUAAAUCUAGAGAGCCGUCAUCUCCACCAAAGGCAUCAUCUGUACCACCAUCAUCACUACCACCACAACCACCAAAGGACGGAGAUGAAACAGCAUCUGGCUCGGAUCCUGAGGAUGACGCCGGACCAUCCAAAGCCCGGUCUUCCUCGCCUGUCCCUACUGAGAGGAAGAGGGUCGGGCUGGGUCGAAUAGGCGGGAAGCCUAAGACUCGAGUGACACCGGAGCCUCCUGAGGAACCGAACGUGACAUCCCCCCGGAUAAGAAGUCCUCAAGCUGCUACGAGCCCUGGCAGGCCUGCGAGUCGAAGGAUUGGAACCAUCGGGACGAGAGCUGAUGCGGAUGGCAAGAGAUACCGACCAUCGUCUCCCGUACCCGCACCAGAACCUGAAACGGAAGAGCAGAGGGCAGAGCGCAGGCGGGCGGAACUAGCGAAGGAACUUGAACGGAAAGCUGCUGCACCGACAAAGAAGAAGAGAAAAUUCUAAUUCGCCUUGCGAACUGAUACCGUUCUGAAUGGAUAUCCAUAGUGGUAUCUCGCUAAGAUUGGAUCGGACAUACCCAGACGACACUACACAUCAGACAUUCAGGGCCUCCCGACUGCUCUCCUCAGAACGUAUAUUAUGUUACGACUCCAUUGUUAACUAUCACUAUACCCCUGUAUAUAACUGCAUUAUACCCGAUUCAAACCGCUAAGAGGAUCGCGACUACUGCCUUAAGUUUUUUCUUUUCUGGACCCAAAGGAAGCGGUCGACUUGUAGUUAUCUCGUAAAUCUUUCCCAAGGCGGACUGGUACACAUAAAGAGAGCAAGGGAGACACGAAGUCAAACCAAGUUUGUGAUAGAGUUGUACAGGUGAAGAAUUAGGUAAGAAACUAUCUACUAAACUACCGUUCUAUGGAUCAAGAGGUAGUAUACCGA